AUGGACGAAGUGUUAGUGGAAAACAAGAAGUUAGUUGCUGAAAAUAAGAAAGUGUCUGAUAAAGAAAGACAUCUUGAGAUGCGUGUGAAGAAGUUAGAGAAUGAAAAUCAAGAGUUGGUGAAAAAGGUUGAUGCUAAUCAAUCUGAGAUUGAUGUAUUGAAAGUACGUGUUGCAGAGCUAGAAGAAGAGAAGACAAGACGUGAUGAACAAAAUGAAUACUUCAAGUUAAAGAACAAAGAACUGGAAGCAGCUAAAAAAUCAAGAGAUCAUGAGUUCUAUAUGCUGAGUAAAGUCGUUGAAAGCAUGCUUGGAACAUCAGUAGAACAAAAAUUUGAAGAGCUGCAAGUUGAGGAGAUCAGGGCACAAUGUCAAGCAGAAAUGGAUAAACAGAUGCAAGAUAAAGGUAAGGGAGUUGAAGGUAGUUCUGCUAUGACAGAAAGAUCAAUUGUUCCUUCAAUGGUUGUUGAGAAUCCAGAACCUAUUUCUGCUAUUUCUGGCCUGUUUGAAGAUGAAACUCCUAUGGAUGAGUUGAUUGGAGAUAGUGAUGACGAUGAUGAAGAAGAAGAGGAAGAAAAGAAAGAUGGUAAAGAUGAUAAAGUAUUUUCUGCGAGCAGUCAUAGUUCUGAUGAUAAUGACGACGAUGCUCAAGGAGGUACUGGAUUGAGAGUUACUGAAGCUUCUUCAGAACAAAAUUUAUUCUUGGGAUUGAAUGUUUACAGAGAAAUGUUGCAUUCUGUGAAUCCUGAAUUCAAGAUUGAUUCUGAAGAAGAAUUGGAAUCUUUUGAUAUCAAUCAACAACCUGAAUACACGUAUAAGUAUGUUGAAGAGGCUGAUAAGUAUGAUUGA